UUUUCGGUAGGCUUUCUUCACUCUAAAUAUUUCCAACCGUCCGCCCGCGAACAAACGCUUUUUGACCUAUGAGGGAUCCGUAAAAUCUCGCGAUUCGCUCAGUUCGCGGGGAAACUGUCAUGGCCGCGCCUGUCUACAAUCACAGGCUUCUACUCUAAGGAAAAUGACGGCAGACAUGAGUUUUUAUUCAUAUGUAGAAGCGACGUGUGUGUCAUCUUGGUAACUUUAAAGUCUUUUGAAAGUACUUCAGUAACUAGAAAAUGAAUAACAGAGCGGGUUCCUUUUUAUGGAACCUCAGACAACUCAGUACUUUAGUUCCAACAGGCAGAACUGUGAGGCUAUAUCCUUUGGCAUUUUGCAGACCAAAUAUUGCUUAUUCAAACUGGAACCAAAGAAACCUCUUAAAUACCUUUGGUAAUAAAAUGCAUUCAUCUACUAGAUCUCUCUUUCAGGAUGCUUUAAUUUUUAAAUCAGAAGGUGAUGGCUGUCAAACAAAGGGCAUAAGCACAGCAACGGUCUUUACAGUUGAUAAACUACUUUGUCCUAGAAGACUGUCCUUUGAUUCAAAACACUUUCUUGUCUCUGUUAAUGAACUGAAGAAAAGCUUUCAUCAGGAGGCCUCCGAUGAAGAUGUUCUCACCAAGAGAAGAAAACCAGCCCUGAUCAGCAGUAGAAAACUGUCUCAGGAGUGUAAUUCCCUGAGUGAUGUGUUAGAUAUAUUUUCAAAAGCACCUACAUUUCCUAGUAGUAACUAUUUCUCAGCCAUGUGGACAAUUGCCAAACGGAUGUCGGAGGAUCAGAAGCGCUUUGAAAAACAAUUGAUGUUUAACCACCCUGCGUUUAACCAGCUGUGUGAACACGUUAUGAGAGAAGCCAAGAUCAUGUAUUUCGACAACCUGCUGUUUAGUCUUCAUGCUAUAGUGAAGCUUGGGAUUCCUCAGAACACGCUGCUCGUACAGACUUUGCUGAGGGUGGUCCAGGAACGUAUCAAUGAGUGUGAUGAGAAAUGUCUUUCAGUUUUGUCAACUAUCUUGAACACGAUGGAGCCAUGCAAGAAUGUGGAUGUUCUUCUGGCAGGAUUGCGGAUGCUAGUUGAUGAGCAGGUUUGGAAAAUAAAACAUGUCUUCACAUUACAAACUGUAAUGAGAAGUAUUGGAAAAGAUGCUCCGAUUGGUCUUAAAAGGAAAUUGGAGAUGAAAGCCUUGAAAGAAUUAGACCAGUUUUCUGUUUUGAAUUGCCAGCAUAUGUUUGAGGUACUGGCCGCCAUGAAUCACCGUUCCAUUAUCCUUCUGAAUGAGUGCAGUAAGAGAGUCACAAGUAACAUCCAUGGGUGUCCUUUUAAAAUAUUGAUCAACAUAUUGCAGUCUUGCAGGGACCUCCAAUAUAUUAAUAUAGAUCUUUUUAAAGGAAUAGCAGAUUAUGUGGCUACAACUUUUGACAUCUGGAAGUUGAAAAAAGUUCUUUUUCUCCUCAUUUUAUUUGAAAACUUUGGCUUUCGACCUGUUGGUUUGAUGGACUUAUUUAUAAAGAAAGCAGCAGAUGAACCUGGCUUCCUAAAUGUGAAAAGCCUUGUUGGUAUUCUUAAUGUAUAUUCUUCUCUCAAUCACUUCUACAAAUGCCAGACCCACGAGUUCCUAGAAGUUAUGGCCAGUGCUCUGACUGGUAGUCUUCACCACAUAUCUUCUGAAAACCUGUUAAAUGCAGUGUGUUCAUUUUGCUGGAUGAACUAUUUUCCCCUGGCCCUCAUUAAUCAGCUUCUUCAAAAGGACAUCAUUGAUGAUCUGCUGACGUCAGGUGACGUGGAGAGGAAUGUUCACAGGCUUCAUGUUGUGGCUGCUUGUCUAAAACUCGAUGAUGCUCCCUGUCACAAGGACCUGGACUUGGUGCUGCCGCAGUUGCCCCCCACGACCUUCUGUCCACAGCCAAAGGUCGCCGCAGCGCUGAGUGACCUUCUGGGGGAAGGGUGCUUCUCACAAAGUGUACAGUUGCCACAUAAUUAUUUUAUUGAUUUUGAAAUCAGAAUGGAUGCUAACCAGAGCCAAGUGCUUCCAUUUUCUGAUGUGGACGUGGUAACUUCUACAGAUAUUCAGAGAGUAGCUGUGCUCUGUGUUCCUAAAUCUGCUUACUGUUUGGAUUCAACCCACCCCAAAGGAUACCUUGCUAUGAAAAUGCGGCAUUUGAAAAUAAUGGGUUUUCAUGUAAUCUUGGUCAAUAAUUGGGAGGUGGAAAAACUAGAGAUGAAGGAUGCAGUCGCAUUUUUGAAGACUAAAAUCUAUUCACCCAAAGCACUGUCUUCUGCUGAUAUACAUUUGCAAAGCACAUGUUAAAGUGAAAAACAACCUUUUAAUGUUUGGAGACCUGAAUUUGUAAAAAUAACUUUAAUAAAUACUAUAAUUCA